AUGAUUUCUACCGACGGAAUCAACGGCCAUGCUGCCGCGCCACCUUUGUGGUCCGAAGCGCGAAAUGCAGACGGUCGCAUUUAUUACUACAACACGAUCACCAAAGCUACACAAUGGACCAAGCCCGAGGACCUUAUGACACCCGCAGAGCGUGCUCUUGCGAACCAGCCAUGGAAAGAAUAUACAGCAGAGGGUGGCCGGAAAUACUGGUAUGACACGGAGACGAAGCAGAGCUCAUGGGAGAUGCCCGAUGUCUACAAGCAAGCUCUUUCCAAGGAGGCUGCCGCUUCAGCUCCAGUUGCGCCUGCUGCGCCCACCUUUGUUGCUGGAGGUGGCUUUUCUGCUCCUUCGCAAUUUGAAAAUCCACGAGAUAGAGAACCCCUGGGAGAAGCCCGUCAAAUUGCAUUCGGGAACGAUGUCAAUGGGAGCCGCGCACAAGCUUUCGUUCCUGCCAAUACUGACCCUGACUACUCUACCUUUGAAGAAGCAGAAGCAGCGUUCCUCAAACUCUUGCGCCGUCAAAAUGUCGACCCGAGUUGGACAUGGGAGCAGACAAUGCGAUCUAUCAUCAAGGAUCCUCAAUACCGUGCCCUGAAGGACCCGAAGGACAGAAAGAAUGCGUUCGAGAAGUAUGCCGUCGAAGUGCGGGCUCAGGAGAAAGAUCGUGCAAAGGAGAGAAUCGAAAAGCUCCGCAAAGAUUUUGCAACCAUGCUGAGAAGCCAUCCAGAAAUCAAGCAUUAUACUCGUUGGAAGACCGCCCGACCAAUCAUCGAAGGAGAGACUAUCUUUCGUUCCGCCAAAGACGACGAAGAACGACGUCAACUCUUCGAAGACUACAUUAUCGAACUGAAAAAAGCCAAUGUUGAGCGAGAGGCAAGCACAAGAAGAGCAGCAACAGACGAGCUCGUGGAGAUAUUGAGAGGACUUGAUUUGGAGCCAUAUACAAGAUGGUCAGAGGCGCAAGGUAUCAUCCAGUCUAACCCACGCUUUUCAGGAGACCAGAAGUUCAAGUCACUCACCAAGUCUGAUAUGUUGACUGCUUUCGAAAAUCACAUCAAGUCUCUGGAAAAGACUUUCAACGACGCCCGCCAACAGGAGAAGAACAUGAAGUCGAGAAGGGAACGACAAAAUCGCGAUCGAUUUUUAAGUUUGUUGCACGAGUUGAAAAAGAAGCACAAGAUCAAGGCAGGAUCAAAGUGGAGCCAGGUAUAUCCCCUGCUUGCAAAAGAUGACCGCUACCAAGCAAUGCUUGGCCAGUCAGGAUCGACACCACUAGACUUGUUCUGGGAUGUGGUUGAAGAAGAAGAGCGUGGUCUACGAACCGUUCGAAAUGAUGUUCUGGAUGUUCUCGAUCUACACGAAAAGGUAUCACGCCGGAAUGAGGCUGACAGUGUUCAACUUGAGCGUCAGCAACGUCGUGCUGUUGAUUCUCUCAGAUCAUUUAUCAAGCAUCUUGAACCCCCUAUCCGCAUUGACGACAGCUACGAGAGAAUUCGCCCUCGCAUUGAGAGAUCUGAAGAGUAUCUUGCGCUGCCAAAUGAGGAGCUUCGGCAAUCUGCAUUCGACAAGGUCAUUCGACGCUUGAGAGAGAAGGAAGAGGAUGCAGAGAAGGACCGCACAAAGCGUCGUGAGAGAGUAUCCGUGGAUAGAUCAGGUCACCACGGUCGAGACAGAGGUGAGAGACUCCAUCGCAGAAGAAGCCGCAGCCCGGAACCAGAUGCAUACGAAGCCGAUCGACGCAAGGCAAUUGCCGACCGAGAGAAGAACUACCGAAGAGCCAGCGUUGCCGAUACGUUACUCUCUCCUGGCCGCCGAGACAGGGGUGACCGUGACCGUGACCGUUCGCGCGACUAUGAUCUCGAUAGACCGCAUCGCAGCCGGCGAGAGGAGACGUUGAGUCACUAUGACCGAGAGAGGAGAGAUCGGGAAAGCGAGCGGGAGAAGCUCUAUCGUAGGAGAGGAGACCCUAGAGGAAGCAUCGAUGAGUUACCUUAUGGCGAUGAGAAGCCAGCUAGUGGAAGUCGACGCCGACGGACUGACAGUGAUGUGGAAAGUGCCGAUAGCGCUCGAAUGGCAAAGAGGACGAGGAGAGAUGUUACACCGCGUGAGCGUUCCCCACUCCCUCCACGUGAACGGCGCCAUAGGACUAGGACACCCCCAGCUCCCAUCCCAGCCAAAGAGGAACCGGCCGUUCACUCAGGUAGCGAGGAAGGUGAGAUUGAAGAGGAAUGA